AUGGCGUCCAAUCUCAAACCAACCUUCGCAUACACAGUUCUCUACGUCAAGGACGUCGCUAAAUCCGUCGAUUUCUACACCAAAGCCUUCGGUUUUACCGUCCGCCGCCUCGACGAUUCCAACAGGUGGGGAGAGCUUGUAAGCGGAGAAACUACAAUCGCAUUCACACCAAUACACCAGCACGAAACAGAAGAUCUCACCGGCGUAGUUCAAACCCCAUCCUCCAAUCGCGAACGGAACCCUAUCGAGAUUUGCAUCGAUUAUACCGAUGUGGAUGCAGCGUAUCAGAGGGCGGUGGAGAAUGGUGCGGCGGCGGUGCGGCCGGAGGCGAAAGAGUGGAACCAGAAGGUAGGUUAUGUACGGGAUAUUGAUGGAAUGGUGGUACGGAUAGGUAGCCAUGUGAAUCAUCCAAAACAGAACUGA